AUGAAAAAGUUUGGAAAAAAACCCCCCCCCCCCCCCCCCCCCCCCCCCCCCCCCCCCCCCCCCCCCCCCCCCCCCCCCCCCCCCCCCCCCCCCCCCCCCCCCCCCCCCCCCCCCCCCCCCCCCCCCCCCCCCCCCCCCCCCCCCCCCCCCCCCCCCCCCCCCCCCCCCCCCCCCCCCCCCCCCCCCCCCCCCCCCCCCCCCCCCCCCCCCCCCCCCCCCCCCCCCCCCCCCCCCCCCCCCCCCCCCCCCCCCCCCCCCCCCCCCCCCCCCCCCCCCCCCCCCCCCCCCCCCCCCCCCCCCCCCCCCCCCCCCCCCCCCCCCCCCCCCCCCCCCCCCCCCCCCCCCCCCCCCCCCCCCCCCCCCCCCCCCCCCCCCCCCCCCCCCCCCCCCCCCCCCCCCCCCCCCCCCCCCCCCCCCCCCCCCCCCCCCCCCCCCCCCCCCCCCCCCCCCCCCCCCCCCCCCCCCCCCCCCCCCCCCCCCCCCCCCCCCCCCCCCCCCCCCCCCCCCCCCCCCCCCCCCCCCCCCCCCCCCCCCCCCCCCCCCCCCCCCCCCCCCCCCCCCCCCCCCCCCCCCCCCCCCCCCCCCCCCCCCCCCCCCCCCCCCCCCCCCCCCCCCCCCCCCCCCCCCCCCCCCCCCCCCCCCCCCCCCCCCCCCCCCCCCCCCCCCCCCCCCCCCCCCCCCCCCCCCCCCCCCCCCCCCCCCCCCCCCCCCCCCCCCCCCCCCCCCCCCCCCCCCCCCCCCCCCCCCCCCCCCCCCCCCCCCCCCCCCCCCCCCCCCCCCCCCCCCCCCCCCCCCCCCCCCCCCCCCCCCCCCCCCCCCCCCCCCCCCCCCCCCCCCCCCCCCCCCCCCCCCCCCCCCCCCCCCCCCCCCCCCCCCCCCCCCCCCCCCCCCCCCCCCCCCCCCCCCCCCCCCCCCCCCCCCCCCCCCCCCCCCCCCCCCCCCCCCCCCCCCCCCCCCCCCCCCCCCCCCCCCCCCCCCCCCCCCCCCCCCCCCCCCCCCCCCCCCCCCCCCCCCCCCCCCCCCCCCCCCCCCCCCCCCCCCCCCCCCCCCCCCCCCCCCCCCCCCCCCCCCCCCCCCCCCCCCCCCCCCCCCCCCCCCCCCCCCCCCCCCCCCCCCCCCCCCCCCCCCCCCCCCCCCCCCCCCCCCCCCCCCCCCCCCCCCCCCCCCCCCCCCCCCCCCCCCCCCCCCCCCCCCCCCCCCCCCCCCCCCCCCCCCCCCCCCCCCCCCCCCCCCCCCCCCCCCCCCCCCCCCCCCCCCCCCCCCCCCCCCCCCCCCCCCCCCCCCCCCCCCCCCCCCCCCCCCCCCCCCCCCCCCCCCCCCCCCCCCCCCCCCCCCCCCCCCCCCCCCCCCCCCCCCCCCCCCCCCCCCCCCCCCCCCCCCCCCCCCCCCCCCCCCCCCCCCCCCCCCCCCCCCCCCCCCCCCCCCCCCCCCCCCCCCCCCCCCCCCCCCCCCCCCCCCCCCCCCCCCCCCCCCCCCCCCCCCCCCCCCCCCCCCCCCCCCCCCCCCCCCCCCCCCCCCCCCCCCCCCCCCCCCCCCCCCCCCCCCCCCCCCCCCCCCCCCCCCCCCCCCCCCCCCCCCCCCCCCCCCCCCCCCCCCCCCCCCCCCCCCCCCCCCCCCCCCCCCCCCCCCCCCCCCCCCCCCCCCCCCCCCCCCCCCCCCCCCCCCCCCCCCCCCCCCCCCCCCCCCCCCCCCCCCCCCCCCCCCCCCCCCCCCCCCCCCCCCCCCCCCCCCCCCCCCCCCCCCCCCCCCCCCCCCCCCCCCCCCCCCCCCCCCCCCCCCCCCCCCCCCCCCCCCCCCCCCCCCCCCCCCCCCCCCCCCCCCCCCCCCCCCCCCCCCCCCCCCCCCCCCCCCCCCCCCCCCCCCCCCCCCCCCCCCCCCCCCCCCCCCCCCCCCCCCCCCCCCCCCCCCCCCCCCCCCCCCCCCCCCCCCCCCCCCCCCCCCCCCCCCCCCCCCCCCCCCCCCCCCCCCCCCCCCCCCCCCCCCCCCCCCCCCCCCCCCCCCCCCCCCCCCCCCCCCCCCCCCCCCCCCCCCCCCCCCCCCCCCCCCCCCCCCCCCCCCCCCCCCCCCCCCCCCCCCCCCCCCCCCCCCCCCCCCCCCCCCCCCCCCCCCCCCCCCCCCCCCCCCCCCCCCCCCCCCCCCCCCCCCCCCCCCCCCCCCCCCCCCCCCCCCCCCCCCCCCCCCCCCCCCCCCCCCCCCCCCCCCCCCCCCCCCCCCCCCCCCCCCCCCCCCCCCCCCCCCCCCCCCCCCCCCCCCCCCCCCCCCCCCCCCCCCCCCCCCCCCCCCCCCCCCCCCCCCCCCCCCCCCCCCCCCCCCCCCCCCCCCCCCCCCCCCCCCCCCCCCCCCCCCCCCCCCCCCCCCCCCCCCCCCCCCCCCCCCCCCCCCCCCCCCCCCCCCCCCCCCCCCCCCCCCCCCCCCCCCCCCCCCCCCCCCCCCCCCCCCCCCCCCCCCCCCCCCCCCCCCCCCCCCCCCCCCCCCCCCCCCCCCCCCCCCCCCCCCCCCCCCCCCCCCCCCCCCCCCCCCCCCCCCCCCCCCCCCCCCCCCCCCCCCCCCCCCCCCCCCCCCCCCCCCCCCCCCCCCCCCCCCCCCCCCCCCCCCCCCCCCCCCCCCCCCCCCCCCCCCCCCCCCCCCCCCCCCCCCCCCCCCCCCCCCCCCCCCCCCCCCCCCCCCCCCCCCCCCCCCCCCCCCCCCCCCCCCCCCCCCCCCCCCCCCCCCCCCCCCCCCCCCCCCCCCCCCCCCCCCCCCCCCCCCCCCCCCCCCCCCCCCCCCCCCCCCCCCCCCCCCCCCCCCCCCCCCCCCCCCCCCCCCCCCCCCCCCCCCCCCCCCCCCCCCCCCCCCCCCCCCCCCCCCCCCCCCCCCCCCCCCCCCCCCCCCCCCCCCCCCCCCCCCCCCCCCCCCCCCCCCCCCCCCCCCCCCCCCCCCCCCCCCCCCCCCCCCCCCCCCCCCCCCCCCCCCCCCCCCCCCCCCCCCCCCCCCCCCCCCCCCCCCCCCCCCCCCCCCCCCCCCCCCCCCCCCCCCCCCCCCCCCCCCCCCCCCCCCCCCCCCCCCCCCCCCCCCCCCCCCCCCCCCCCCCCCCCCCCCCCCCCCCCCCCCCCCCCCCCCCCCCCCCCCCCCCCCCCCCCCCCCCCCCCCCCCCCCCCCCCCCCCCCCCCCCCCCCCCCCCCCCCCCCCCCCCCCCCCCCCCCCCCCCCCCCCCCCCCCCCCCCCCCCCCCCCCCCCCCCCCCCCCCCCCCCCCCCCCCCCCCCCCCCCCCCCCCCCCCCCCCCCCCCCCCCCCCCCCCCCCCCCCCCCCCCCCCCCCCCCCCCCCCCCCCCCCCCCCCCCCCCCCCCCCCCCCCCCCCCCCCCCCCCCCCCCCCCCCCCCCCCCCCCCCCCCCCCCCCCCCCCCCCCCCCCCCCCCCCCCCCCCCCCCCCCCCCCCCCCCCCCCCCCCCCCCCCCCCCCCCCCCCCCCCCCCCCCCCCCCCCCCCCCCCCCCCCCCCCCCCCCCCCCCCCCCCCCCCCCCCCCCCCCCCCCCCCCCCCCCCCCCCCCCCCCCCCCCCCCCCCCCCCCCCCCCCCCCCCCCCCCCCCCCCCCCCCCCCCCCCCCCCCCCCCCCCCCCCCCCCCCCCCCCCCCCCCCCCCCCCCCCCCCCCCCCCCCCCCCCCCCCCCCCCCCCCCCCCCCCCCCCCCCCCCCCCCCCCCCCCCCCCCCCCCCCCCCCCCCCCCCCCCCCCCCCCCCCCCCCCCCCCCCCCCCCCCCCCCCCCCCCCCCCCCCCCCCCCCCCCCCCCCCCCCCCCCCCCCCCCCCCCCCCCCCCCCCCCCCCCCCCCCCCCCCCCCCCCCCCCCCCCCCCCCCCCCCCCCCCCCCCCCCCCCCCCCCCCCCCCCCCCCCCCCCCCCCCCCCCCCCCCCCCCCCCCCCCCCCCCCCCCCCCCCCCCCCCCCCCCCCCCCCCCCCCCCCCCCCCCCCCCCCCCCCCCCCCCCCCCCCCCCCCCCCCCCCCCCCCCCCCCCCCCCCCCCCCCCCCCCCCCCCCCCCCCCCCCCCCCCCCCCCCCCCCCCCCCCCCCCCCCCCCCCCCCCCCCCCCCCCCCCCCCCCCCCCCCCCCCCCCCCCCCCCCCCCCCCCCCCCCCCCCCCCCCCCCCCCCCCCCCCCCCCCCCCCCCCCCCCCCCCCCCCCCCCCCCCCCCCCCCCCCCCCCCCCCCCCCCCCCCCCCCCCCCCCCCCCCCCCCCCCCCCCCCCCCCCCCCCCCCCCCCCCCCCCCCCCCCCCCCCCCCCCCCCCCCCCCCCCCCCCCCCCCCCCCCCCCCCCCCCCCCCCCCCCCCCCCCCCCCCCCCCCCCCCCCCCCCCCCCCCCCCCCCCCCCCCCCCCCCCCCCCCCCCCCCCCCCCCCCCCCCCCCCCCCCCCCCCCCCCCCCCCCCCCCCCCCCCCCCCCCCCCCCCCCCCCCCCCCCCCCCCCCCCCCCCCCCCCCCCCCCCCCCCCCCCCCCCCCCCCCCCCCCCCCCCCCCCCCCCCCCCCCCCCCCCCCCCCCCCCCCCCCCCCCCCCCCCCCCCCCCCCCCCCCCCCCCCCCCCCCCCCCCCCCCCCCCCCCCCCCCCCCCCCCCCCCCCCCCCCCCCCCCCCCCCCCCCCCCCCCCCCCCCCCCCCCCCCCCCCCCCCCCCCCCCCCCCCCCCCCCCCCCCCCCCCCCCCCCCCCCCCCCCCCCCCCCCCCCCCCCCCCCCCCCCCCCCCCCCCCCCCCCCCCCCCCCCCCCCCCCCCCCCCCCCCCCCCCCCCCCCCCCCCCCCCCCCCCCCCCCCCCCCCCCCCCCCCCCCCCCCCCCCCCCCCCCCCCCCCCCCCCCCCCCCCCCCCCCCCCCCCCCCCCCCCCCCCCCCCCCCCCCCCCCCCCCCCCCCCCCCCCCCCCCCCCCCCCCCCCCCCCCCCCCCCCCCCCCCCCCCCCCCCCCCCCCCCCCCCCCCCCCCCCCCCCCCCCCCCCCCCCCCCCCCCCCCCCCCCCCCCCCCCCCCCCCCCCCCCCCCCCCCCCCCCCCCCCCCCCCCCCCCCCCCCCCCCCCCCCCCCCCCCCCCCCCCCCCCCCCCCCCCCCCCCCCCCCCCCCCCCCCCCCCCCCCCCCCCCCCCCCCCCCCCCCCCCCCCCCCCCCCCCCCCCCCCCCAAGUUGAUCACCAUGGAAGCAAAGGGAAUCAUCUAG